AUGCAACAUAUUUACACCACAAAAACCAUGACUAUCGUAUUAGGCAUUGAAGGUAGUGCGAACAAGUUGGGUGUUGGAAUAGUUCGAGAUGGCUCUGUACUUGCUAAUCCACGAGUUACAUACAUUACUCCACCUGGAGAAGGUUUCCAGCCAACAGAAACAGCUAGAUUUCAUCAGUCUCAUAUUAUUGAACUCGUUCGGAAGGCUAUUAAAGAGGCGAAAAUUAACCCAUCUGACUUGGAUGCUGUUGCUUACACUAAGGGUCCCGGUAUGGGAGCUCCUCUUCUUACCGGUGCUGUUGUGGCUCGUACUCUUGCUCAGCUGUGGAACAAACCUUUGAUUGGAGUGAAUCAUUGUAUAGCACAUAUUGAAAUGGGUCGCCUUAUAACCGGUGCAAAAUCACCUAUUAUACUGUAUGUCAGUGGUGGUAAUACUCAAAUCAUUGCUUUCGUUUCCGGUCGUUAUCGUAUUUUCGGUGAAACAAUUGAUAUAGCUUUGGGAAACUGUUUUGAUAGGUUUGCUCGUAUUGUGAAUCUCUCUAAUGAUCCGAGUCCAGGGUACAAUAUUGAAAAGUUAGCGAAACAGGGAAGCAAAUUUUUUGAGUUACCAUAUGCAGUAAAAGGUAUGGAUGUUUCUUUCGCCGGAUUAUUGUCAUACUUGGAAGAACGUGCAGCGAAACUCUUAGAAACGGGCGAAUAUACUAUAGCUGAUUUAUGCUUUAGCUUACAAGAAACAGCUUUUGCAAUGGUGGUUGAAAUCACCGAACGAGCUAUGGCACAUUGUGGUGCAAAAGAGGUCCUCAUUGUUGGUGGUGUUGGCUGCAAUGUUCGUUUACAAGAAAUGAUGGGUUGUAUGGCUGAGGAACGUGGUGCCAAACUAUUUGCAACUGAUGAUCGAUUCUGUAUUGAUAAUGGUGCUAUGAUAGCCCACACUGCGUGUUUAAUGUUUAACGCUGGAUUGUCUUUCCCCUAA